AUGCCCGCAGUUGAGCGCAACGCCCCCUUCACAAAGACCUUUAUCCGCAAGCCUGGUCAGCGCAACGACACCUCGAUACCCUUGCAUACAGAGGCGCCACCUCCGCUCCGUCAGCCCACGCGCAUCGCCCGUGCAAAGACGCUCACUCGUCCAGAAAGGAGUCAACCCCAAGUCCCGCUGAUCAACCCAUCCAGUGGCGGUCCUGGCUUCUCGGCUGCCUCUCGAUCCAAGCAUCGCUUCUCUUGGUGGACUGCCUUUUCACUCUUUGUCACCUUUUGGGCCCCCAGUCCGCUUCUCAGCUCCUGCUGUGGCCUCAAAGACAAGCAAAGUCGUCAGGCUUGGCGCGAAAAGGUGUCACUCGUCUUUAUCGCCAUCCUCCUCGGCGGCUUCAUCGGCUUUAUCACCAUGGGCCUCAACGCCGCCCUCUGUCCAUCCGCUUCGAGCCACUCACCAAACACCUACUCUCGCAUCGGUACAGGCGGCGCCAUUCUCGGCGUUCACGGUUGGGCUUUCGACAUUGCUCAGGCGCAUCAUCUCCCCGAGGCCCCCGCCCUCUUCAGCCUCUCCACCUCCCGCCCCGGCUCCGACAUUUCGUCGCUCUUUGCCCGCUCCACCUCCGAUCAAUCGCCUGCCUGUCGAGGCACCACCGCUGCCUACGCUGCCGACGCUUCCUGCGUUGCGCUCAACGGCACCCUCCUCAAAGAUUGCCCCCUCGGCCCCCUCUCGCCCGCCACUUUUGCCCAGUACGGCAUGUACAACCAAACCCGCAAGAUCGGCUAUGGAUGGGAAGACGUUGAGAGCGCCAACUUUUCCAACUUUCUCGUCCUCGACGGCGUCGUGCUCAACAUGUCGCCUUACCUCAAGGCCAAUCCAUCGCCCAUCGCCGCCGACGUCGUCGACCUCGCCAUUCGUCAACAGCUCGCCACCAGCCCGCACCGAGGUAGAGACGCUACCAUCACCUUUUACACCAACCCCACCACACGCAACGCCAUCAAGUGUCUCACCCAAAAGUACGUCGCCGGCUACAUUGACAAGAUCACCCCGGGCUGCUUCAUCUCCAACCUCGUCCUCUACUGCUCGCUCGUCGUCAUUCUCGCCAUCGUCCUCAUCCGCUUCUUCAUGGCCGUAUGGUUCGCCUGGUUCAUGGCCGGCCGAAUGUCUUCGCCGCCACGUCCCUCUCGCCGACGCAGGCUUGCGCCCAACGUUCUUCCCGAAGGCGCCAUGAUCUCGCUCAACUCGUCCGGCGCCGCCCCCUGGGCCAACAAGCAGCGUCCACCGCCCUCGCAACCCGCGCGUCGCAGACGUGACUCGGCUCAGUCCGCUACCCCCUCGGUGCCCGACAGCCUUUCAGUGCACCACAUUGGCGACGAGCCCUACGUUGUCUGUCUCGUCACCGCCUAUUCCGAAAACGAGGAGGGCAUCUCCACCACGCUCACCUCGCUCUCAGAAACCCACUACUCGGACCAACGCAAGCUUCUCUUUGUCGUUGCCGACGGCAUGGUCACCGGUUCCGGCGAGUCGAUGAGCACCCCCGACGUCUGCGUCUCGUUGCUGGAAGCCGAUCCGCGCUUCGGUACGCCAAUCCCCAUGAGCUUUGUCUCGAUCGCCUCGGGCAAAAAGGAGCACAACAUGGCCAUGGUCUACGCCGGCCACUAUACGCGUGCCACCGGUCGACGUACGCCCAUGGUCGUCGUCGUCAAGUGUGGUGCCCCCGAAGAGGCCGCCGAUUCCAAGCCAGGCAAUCGUGGCAAGCGCGACUCGCAGAUGAUCCUCAUGAACUUUUUCCAGCGUGUCACCUACAACGAUCGCAUGACGCCGCUCGACUACGAUCUCUUCCGCAAGGUGCAUACGCUCAUGGGCGUCACGCCCGACUUUUUCGAGCUGUGCCUCAUGGUCGACGCCGACACAAUGGUCUACCCCAAAUCCAUGAAGACGCUCACCAACUGCAUGAUGCGCGACCCCAUGAUCAUGGGUGCCUGUGGAGAGACGCGCAUUGCCAACAAGACGCAGAGCUGGGUCACCAUGAUCCAGGUGUACGAAUACUUUAUCUCGCACCACCAGGCCAAGGCGUUCGAGUCGGUCUUUGGCGGUGUCACCUGUCUUCCCGGCUGUUUCUCCAUGUACCGCAUCAAGGCGCGCAAGCAGACCGACGACGAUUGGGUACCCAUCAUUGUCAAGCCCGAGGUGACGCGCGAGUACAGCCAGAGCGUCGUCACCACCUUGCAUCAGAAAAAUCUGCUGCUGCUGGGUGAAGACCGUUUUCUCACCACCACGCUCCUCCGCACGUUUCCCAAUCGCAAGAUGGUCUUUUGCCCCGAAGCACGCUGCAAGACCGAAGUACCCCACACGUUCAAGAUGCUGCUCUCGCAACGUCGACGAUGGAUCAACUCGACGAUUCACAACCUCAUGGAGUUGGUGCUCGUGCGCGACCUGUGCGGAACCUUUUGCUUUUCGAUGCAGUUUGUCGUCUUUAUGGACUUGCUUGGCACCGCAGUGCUACCCAUCUCGAUCGCACUGACGUACACCUUGGUCGUCACCUACUGCCUCAAUCCGCCGCAUUCAUUUACCGAAGCCAUCCCGCUCAUGUUGCUCGUCGCGGUCAUCGGUAUGCCAGCGUUGCUCAUCCUGCUAGCCACGCGCAAGGUGGUGUACGUACUGUGGAUGUUGAUCUACCUCUUGGCGUUGCCCGUAUGGAACUUUGUGCUUCCCGUUUACUCCUUUUGGCAUUUCGACGAUUUCUCGUGGGGAGAGACGCGAAAGGUAGAGGGAGAAGCCAAACAGACAGGACACGGCGACGAGGGCGGUUCAGCCACCGGAAACGCCGUGCCGCUCCGACGAUGGGAGGAUUGGGAACGAUCUCGUCUACGCAAAAAGAAGCGCGAAGAGAAACGUCGUCGCGAGUUGGAACGCCAGUUCGGAUCCGGUUUCCACAACGACAACGCUUCGGAUGGCGAUCCGGAUCGCAAGGAAGCUGGCAUGCCUCUGUCAAGACCGGGCAGCGACUCGUUCAGCGAUUCGGUGACGGUGAGCGACUUUGACGAUGACAAGUGGGGCAAUCAGAUUGGCGGCUACGACGAGACACUGCCCCCGCCGGUUCAGAUUGUUCGGCAUUCGGUGUGGAUAGGCGACCAGGAAGUGAUUAUCGAUACUGAAGAUAUGGAAAAGAUGCUCGAGACCGGAUGGGAUGACAAGGCGUUCCGUGCCAGAAACUUGAGCAGCGCCAGCAGCACCAACGCAUUGCUUCAAGCGCAGCAACCUCAGUAUCCAUCGGCGGUCAAUCGAAAUCGAUUAUCACAGAUGGGCGCGUUCGCAACCAAGCGCGAUGCCCCCGCAGUCCCCGAGAUUCCGGCGCGGUAUUCGAUGUAUGUGCAAAACAACGGAGGUGGUAGACCAGCUAACGGCCAUGGUAAUAGCAAUGGUCACUACGAGCCCGGAAGCUACGAGAUGGAACGUACACCCAGCCCAGGCGAGUAUGCUAGUUUGAUACGCGGCGGUGCGCCGUCGCCUUGCUCGCCUGGUUUCGGACCGGCGCAGCCCUACGGACACUCGUCAGCCGUGAGUGGUGGUGCAGGACAGUAUUCCACCGGUUCGCACGCACGCCAACGUUCAGGUGGUGCAAACGCAGCCUACAACCAACCGCAUCAGCAUCCACCACAGCCAUCGCAGCCACCGCAGCCACCGCAGCCGGCGCAGCCGACCAGACCAGGCGGCGCACCAGCAGCACCACCGCGCGGAGCUGGAUCACAGGGCAGCGGCUUUGCAGGCGCUCGACCAUCCAACCCUACCGGUCGCGGCCGAAGCUAUCAUGAUCGAUUCAGUUGA